GUUUUAACGUAGGAGUUACUUUAAGUUUAUACCUGUAGACCAUGUCAUUUCAUUCGUUUCGACGCAUGUCACUUCAUCAUUAACACCCCAGUUAUUCAUAUAAAUAUGUCAGCUUUUCUUUUUGAAACUGCCCGUCACUUUAUUUGAAUAUUUCUCAUGGGUCUUCUCGUAAUCAAUGCACUGAGAUUCUCACCAAUAUCAUGGAUUCUAAUCUGUGCAUGAUUGACAACUUUUCCGAGCUUAAGGAUCUUCUUGAAAAGUCUCAUAGCAUUAAGGCAGAUGUAUCUGAUGAAAUCAAGAAACUACUUACUAAAAGAGAUGAACUUGAGCAUAAAUUAAAGAAGAUAAAUUCUUUGAUGUAUGCGAACUGGUUAGCUAUAAUUUUUUUCUAGACCUGAUUUUCAUAAGUUACAAAUGAGUGCUGAAAAUUCUUCUAAACUGGUUGGUUGCGCUUCAGAACUUGCUGUACAGCUCAGUGGAAAAGUUGAACAAUUAGAUUUGGUGAAAAAUCAUGUUCUUAAAUGUGUAGAUAAACUAAAUCAUAUAAUUACUGUAAGGCAAAGUGCACUUGGAGUGAAACGAUGUCUUAUUGACUCUAAAUUAGAUGAAGCUGCUGGUUACGUGUUUACAUAUCUAGAAAUAGAGAAAGAUGUAAUUUCUCUUAUCUCACGUUUGGUAGCGGAUGAUCCUGACAGUAAUAAUCCAUUGAAAACAUUGAAUGAUAGUCAACAAAUUCUUGUUAAAAUGGCUAUUGAAAAAUUUAAUGAAUCAAUUACAAAACAUGAUGAAAAAAAUAUUGUACAUUUAUUGAAAAUAUUUUUUUUAUUAGGUCAAACAAAUGAAGGUAUUCAACGAUUUGCUACAUAUUUAUGUUCAUUUAUUACAAAUAAAUGUGAACUAUUUAUAACCACUUAUAAAUCAUCAUCAAAUUCAUCAUCUGAUUUUGUAUGGGCUAAUUUAAUAACAGAAAUUUUCGAAUUUAUUGCGAAUACAUUAAAAGAUAAUGCAGUUUAUGUUGAAACAUAUUGUGGUCCAGGCAAAAUAUUUGGGCUUGUAUCUUCUGUUCAAUGUGUUGUUGACCAGUAUAUCAAGUCUGUGGUCCAACGAUUUUAUGCCUAUCAUCAUCUCGAUGAACUGUGUUCACUGAUCAAGAAAUUGAAUAGUUAUAGUUUAAACUCUAAAAAGCAUGAAUUAUCAACUCAAUCAAGCAAUAAAGAUAAAAUAUUGGAUUCAAACGAAUUAGGAUCGGAUCGUGUAUUGGUCAUUGAACCAAUCAUUGUUGAAACACUACAGAUUAUUACUUGUUCAGAACUUUAUUUGAGAUUUAUACGGAGGCGAAUUUCUGCUGAUAUUAAACAAUGCAAUCUUGCAGAGAAUGAUCUCAAGACAAAAAACAAUGAAAUCUUAAAGUUUUUUGAAAAUUCCCAAAUUGUACAUCAAGUGGAAGAUUUGCUUAGUAAAUAUCUUAAUUUAGAACAAUAUUUUCUUCGUGUGACAAUGAUGAAGGCAUUAAAUUCAGAUGAAGUGAACAAAUCUAAUAAUGUAUGGGAUUUUAUUGAUGAUGUGUUUUUCAUUGCCAAAAAAAGUCUUACUCGAUCUCUUUCAUGUGGUAAUGUGGAUACUGUUUGUGCAAUGAUAAAUCAUAGUUGUUCAUUGCUAAUUGAUCUGUUGGUGAAUGAUUCUUUGGGCAAUAUUAUUCGUAUGGGAUUUCCUUCAGGUUGGGUACAAAAUGCAUAUAGUUAUGUUCAGAAUAGUGUUGCUGUAGCUGGUUCACUUAGUUCUUCUUCUUCAUCCAUCAUAGUCAAUAUGCCUAAUGUAUCAUCAUCUUUCAAUAUGACUGGUUCGAAUACAAUUGCACGAUAUCAUUUUCUGAUUACUUUGAAUAGUAUUGAAUCAUCUCAAAAAAAUCUACUCGCUCUUGUUACUCAUCUUGAACAGGAAUCAAAUUUACUUUAUCAAGAUCAAGAUAAUAAUUUACAGAAACUUCAUAUGUGUAUUACAGAAUUAAAAAGUUCUGUCUCAGAUCAAUUGCAAGCAUUACUUGAUUCUGCUUUUGAACAUCUAUCAACUGGGAUUAUUCAAAGUCAAGUAAAAACUUUGUUAAAUAUUUUCAAAACAUUAAAAUAUGAUUUACUUGAGGAAGAUUUAGAUGUUUAUGCUGCAAACGAUCCAUGGAUUGAAUCAUGUAUAGCUCAUAUAGAAGAUUUUUUGAAACCAUUUAGGUCUGUUUUAUCAACUGAAAAUAAUGAUCGAUUCGUGUUAAUUCUUAUCAAUGAAAUUUUACAUCAACUUGAUCAACUUAUUCAAAGGAAAUCUUUCAGUAGAUUUGGAGCUAUUCAAUUAGAAAAAGAAUAUCGUAGUUUAUUCGCAUAUUUGACAUCGAUUUCGUAUAGUUCGCUGCGUGACUAUUUCACGCGUAGUUUACAAAUUUGUAGACUUUUAAAUUUGGAUCGAGUUGAUGAAGUGCAUUAUUAUUGGAAUAGUUCUAAUUGGCGUCUUACUGCACAUGAAGUCAGAAGUAUCCUAUCUCUAAGACGUGAUUUUGCUGUGAAUGAAAUUCGUGCACUUAAACUACAAUGAUUUUAUUUUUGAUUUUGUCCAGUCGCCCUUUUCUUUUCUUUUUUCUUUUUUGAAAAUGAUUUGUAUUGAUCAAUCGAUAUUUUUUGUACAAAUAUUCAAGUAUUUUUAUUUUAUGAACUCAAUGUGUAAUGUAUUGGCUUUAUUAUUAUUCUUUUUUCUAUCGUAUACCA